GUACCGGCAACGCGAGCUCUAAAGUUCUCUUGAGUGUUACUGCAUAUUUACAUAUACACAAAUAUACAAAAUAUUAUUUACAAUAAUAAAGUACUAGUGUCAUAAGUAUCGUAACUAAUCAUGGAUGAAGUCGAUACUGCUCAAAUAAUUGUUAUUGCAGAUGAUGUUUGUAGAAGAGCAGGCAUCACUAUAACUUGGAUCAAUAGCAACAGAUUUGGAAUACAUGCAUACAAACAUGUGGAUAGACAGUCACGAGAUGGUCCGAGUCAGUUUGCACCCUGUGAUGAUAAAGUACACUUUCUCCGACCAGAAAUUAUAUUGUUUUCACCACUUUUACGUAAAUUGGUCAAUGAGAGUAAUGGUAUUUUUCUCUCAGUUCAAAAGCUGAAAUCCUCUGUUACUGGUGACAUUAGGCCAGAACUUCUUAAACACAGUAAACAGUACAGAUCUAUAUUGAGAGCUUGUGUUGAAAAUUUACAAGAGAUAUUACCAAAAGAGACAUUCUCAGAAGAAAAAACAAUGAUAGAAAAUUUUCUCACAAUAUUUUAUCAGGUUGAAUGUGUCUGGCACUUGACAGAAAUACUUUAUGUUGAUGCUAUACCAGGUGAUGUUGUCUUAUCUCAGUUACUUGAAUGGAUUAGUUUUCACUUUCCUUCAAGAGAACUAACGGCAACAAAAAUCUUAGCACAGAAAUCUAUUGGCGCUGAUUUAGAAAAUUCGAAUUAUUGGGAAGCAGUUAUAGGUUGUGCAUUUCAUGGAAAAUUAAAUUUAGUUUGUCGCCUGUUAGCAUUGCACAGCAAAGCUGACCAUUCAGCAUUUGUCACUGCGGAUAAUAUUAUUAGAACGAUGCCAGUUUAUAAUGUAUAUGGCGGAUAUUCUGUAAACGAAUUUAUUAUGCGAUGGAAACACUGGCAGAUGGAUCUUUGUUCAAAUCUAGAGGCUAAUUAUUUUGUUAUAGAUAAUAAUUUAGAGAUGCUUAUGAAGUUAAUAGCAGGAGAUGAGUCAAUAUUGUGGGAAUAUUCCAUGUAUACGGAAGCAUGGUAUGAAUUAUUAGCAGCAAAAUUGCUUUAUUCAGCUCCUUGUUGCAAGCAGCAAGAACUUUCACGCUAUGCUAACGAUGUUGCGGAAAGAUCACAAGCUAAUAAACAUCUGGAUCGCGUGAUUCUCGCUUUAAUGGAAAACGAUUUGUAUCAAGUCAUCAAAGAGAUACAAUAUAUAAGCGACAAUGGCUGGUUCGCAGCUCAUUUGAUCGAUCUGUUGUACAAAUGUGGAAAAUUAAAUAUUUUGAACAAAGAAAGGACCAAUGUGACUGCACAGCUUCACGAAUCACUCAUAUUGGAGUACGGUACUACAUUAAUGAGUCAUCGCUCAUUGUGGCAGUGUGGUGGGAGUUAUUUGGUGCAUUGUUCCACGCAAGGUUUGGCCAGAUUAGAAAUUUUGUUGCAAUUGCUGCCCACAGGCACGGAAGCGAGAAUUAACAAAAUCAUCGAUGUUGCGCAGGAAAAUAGCAUGCCGCACGUUGUUUCUAGUAUAUGCAAGAUUCAAGGAAUGAAGAGUAUAAAACAAGGAAGACUAGGUAACGCUCUCACAUGGGCACUUAGGGCACACGACAGCAAUUUUAUCACAUACAUCGCCGAUCAAUUCCUGAAACAUUAUGCAGAGCACGGGGAAUUAGAGUGUCGCGAUUUGUUGGAGAACCUGGGUUCCUGUAUGCUGGCCAGUGAUAGACUUACAUUUUUGGGCAAAUAUUGCGAGUUUCAUAAACUUUAUGGAAUGGGUGAGUUCCGAGAAGCAGCGAAUUUAUUAGUGUCUCUUUUAGUAUCAAAUUUAACGCCAAAAUAUUUCUGGUCAAUUUUGCUCACGGACGCCAUACCUUUAUUGGAAGCAGAGGACGUGAUCUUCUCUUCCAAUGAUUGUUACGAGCUGCUUCGCUGUGCAGAAGCUCACGGUGACGAUCCAAAAUUUCAAAAAGACAAAGUUUCCAUCUUCCGAAUAGGUGUAGCACGUAAUCUAGCGCGAGCUUUGAGUUUGGAAGGAUGCCAAGCUGAACAAUGACGUUAUUUAUUAUUCGAGUUUUAUAUUGCGCAAAGUAAUCAAUUGUUUAGGUUGUUCGCUAAUAUCAGACUACGGACUGAGAUUGUACUCAAAUUUAAUCUUUCGGGACAAAACCAAUCAGUCUCAAGUUUAAUCUUUGAGUUUGUACAUUUCAGUACACAAUCCUAAUCCGUAUUCUAAUACAAGCUUAAUGGUUGUAAUUCUCAUGUGCUAUUUUUUCUACUUAUCAUUGCUAUUCAUAAACAUUGUGACUAAAUAUUGAAAU